AUGGCCAACAUUCCGCUUCACUGCAACAUUUGCCCCAAGAAGCCAAACUUCAGCGAUGUCUCGCAUCUACUCACCCACAUCGCCAGCAAAGGCCAUUUAUCCAACUACUACAAGGUCAAGGUCCGCUCCACCAACGAGGAUGCAUCCCGCCGGCUCAUUGAGACGUACGACCAGUGGUAUGCCGAAUGGGCUGUCGAAGAGCUCAUGUCGGACCGGAUGAAUCAGAAGGACAAACGCCGUACCCGCGCGAGACCUGCUGCCCGGCCGGCGCCUCCGCUCAAGAUCGAGGCCCCCGCGCCACGUCCUGUACGUCGCGCCGCCGCAAGCGCUCUCCUCGAUCCACGCCUGUCGGAGCAGCAGCACACGAUGAUCAAGCUAGAGCAGUCGCCUUCUCCGACGCCGCAACCUCUCGGCCCGGUCCUCCGCAAUCGCAAUACCCUCGCACCUCAUAUGCAGUACUGGCCUACAGAGUCUCGCGCCAGCUCUCGCAGCUAUACCAACCCAGACUAUGAUACUUCCAGUGAAUACUCCGAUCCGAACGAGCAGCGUCGGAGGUCAUACCGGUACAACGCUGCGGCUUCGUGUGCCAUUGAAGAUGAACCUGCUGAGGUUGCAGAUCCGAUGGCUGUCAGCGAGUCGACCAAACUCAAAGGUGUCUACUGGCCUGGCAUGGACAUCUUCGACUCUGCUACCCCAGAGAUGCGGCGCAAGAGGAACCAAAAGAAGGACAGCUCUGUCGUCGAACAGCUGGAGCUCAACUCCCAAGUAGUCGAAGCAACUGAGCUCAUCUUCACACCGUUGGGAUCUUUCAAACGCCAGCGCAGGAUCUCGUGCUCGGAGUCUGACGAAGAGGACGAGGUCGAGAUCAAGACUGAGAGCCCCCAGCCCGUACGUCGGCGACCUGCACUCGCCAGUCUUGAUGCAAACACCACUCGCCGCUCUACUAGACAGUCCAAGCGGCCCGUAUUUCCUGUCCUCAGCCGCAACCAAUACGAUGAUGAUCGGGGCCGUCCUGGCUACGACCAUAGCCGCAACAACCGUGCUCCGAAGCGGAAGCAGUUUGACGUUUACCAAGACGAUGAUGACGUUCCAUUCUCGCAGCCCAAUGGCAUGAACUAUCUCACAUCUGGCUUCACUCACCAAGCAUCUCCAUCUCCUGCACCUGCAUUCAACUCUUACAAACCCUUCAACGACCCGUUCCAGUAUGAUAACAAGGAGAACGUUCUACCUUCGUUCCAUCAAACGGCUUAUGGUAACUUUCAUGGCCAUCAGAACAACGCCUACCAGUAUCCCACCUACUCCUACGGCAUUGGGCCUGAUCAACAGGCCUUCCAGUACACCAGCCAUCUCUACAACACCGCAAGCGCCUACCAGCAACAGGACCAAGAUGACGAUGACCAACGUACCAUCACAGCUCCACCUUCACCGUCUACAAGCUAA